UUAACUCGCUCUCUCUAUUUCUCCCUCUCUAUCCAACUUUGCUUACUUUUAUGUUCUCUCUUUAUACUGCAGUUAGUCUAACACAGCAUCAACCAAAAUCUUGAUGUUGCAUGAGGUUUUAAUUUUAAUCUGUGUUAAUUUACUCCGUGAAUAACUAUUCUUAUUGGAUUAAACGUUUUUUACUCAAACCAAUUUGGAUUAAUGCUUCUAAUUGUGAACCAAAACAACCCUUAAAGACCUUAAAAGAAUAGUGCUCCAAUGGAAAGAGCCUUAAAUUUCAUAAAUAGUAUCAGUCAUCCUUAUACAACUUGGAUGUCUCUCAAAGUAGACAACGAGGCCCAUUUGGAUGCCGUUUUCACCGAACUAUACAACCAAUGCUCAAAAUCUACGACCAAUUCAGUAUUCACGACAGAACUUAUUCAUAAUUUAACCUGUUUAUCUAUUGAUGUACGCCAAGAGCUUGUCAACAGAGUUCGAGAUGGCUGUUCUCCUUUAUUUUUAGCUGCUCUUCGAGGCAAUGUAUCAAUGGUUGAUUUUCUCCUUACAGAAUGUAGAGCUGACGUUGAACUAUGUGGUUUUUACGAAGGACGAGAAGACAGGACUCUUCAUUUUGUUACUCCCCUGUGGUGUGCCUCCAUUUCAGGCCACCUUGAUGUUGUUAAAGUUUUAGUCAAACAUAAUGCCAAUGUCAAUUCAGUAUCUGAUACUGGCUCAACUCCUGUUCGAUCAGCUUGUUAUAUGACUCACAUAGAAAUUGUUAAAUUUUUAAUCGACAAUGGUGCUGAUAUUUAUAAAGCUAACCAUUCCGGUGGAACUUGUUUAAUUAACUCUGUCCAGUCUACUCAGUUGUGCCAAUUACUUUUAAACCAUGGAGUUGAGGUGAAUGCUCACGAUAUCCAAGGAGAAACAGCAUUACAUUAUGCUAUUAAAGAACGUAAUUUUGAUGCAGUCCUUUUGCUUCUAAUGCAUGGAGCUGAUGUAACCAUUCGAUCAAGGCAUGGUAACGAUGCUCUACAACAAGCCUGUCUCAAAAUGGCUACGCCAGUUGUAAGAUAUUUAUUAACUCACUAUGAUUAUCCCGAUGAAAGGAUUGCCGAAGCUCAUGAACUUCUUGGUGCAGCUUUUAUUGAUCCUCGACUUGAUAUCCAGUCAACUCUAACUUGUUGGAAAAAAGCCUUAGCCAUUCGUUAUAAAGAUCCCGAUAACCCCAUUUUAAAACGAAAAGUACCACCUAAAUCAGCCUAUUCAUUUGCAACGGAAUUCGAAACCAUCGAAGAGCUAGAAAAUCUAUCCCAUGAUAUGGAUGCCAUAAAAACUCAAUCUCUUCUCGUCUUUGAACGCAUCCUCGGACCUUUCCAUAGAGACAUGAUUUCCAAAUUAUUUCUUAGAGCAGCCAAUUACGCCGAUAGUCUUCAGUUUCAACGAGGUGUUGACGUGUGGAAAUAUGCUCUUAGUUUAAAAAUUGAAAGAGACACAAUUCUUGAUCACGAAACAUGUUACUCGUUUGAAGGAUUGGUUCGACUUUUUCUUGAUUUUCAUAUUAAAACUGUAUCUGGUUCUCACAAGGAAUAUCCAUUGUUUGAAGACGUAAUUGACACACUUCGUUUGCUAGUCGCUGAUUUACGUCCUGUAAUGAAAUUAUUAACCAUUCAACCUGUUUCUAAGAAGCAGCAAGAGUGUUUUGAUUCGUGUUUAAAGGGUAUCACCCACUUAAUCUAUAUCCUCUAUGUUAUCAGAAAAGAUGCUUCUCAGGACCGUUUGAUGCGUCGAGCGAUUGCCAGUCUAAUCAGAAUUGAUCCCAGAGAUUCAAAUGAUAAUUCACUUCUUCAUCUUGUUGUUUCCAAGAACAAUAAACUGGAACAAAGCUAUAUCCAUAUAACUCACAUUUUCCCAAACGCUGAUGUAACGCAACUCCUUCUAGAGUGUGGAGCUCCAGUUGACGCAGUUAACAAUGAACAGUGUACACCUUUGCAUGUAGCUUGCCUGCGAUUUCAUUAUAACCGAGAAGUUCGAGAUGUUCUCCUUGAAUUUGGUGCUCACCUAGACAGAGCUAACACAAGAGGGACCCGACCUUUUAGACAGCUUGAACAUGUAGAUCCAACCUUUAACCAUCUUCCAUACAUUUCACUUCGGUGUUUAGCUGCCCGAGCUGUUAUUGGAUACAAGAUACCCUACCAAGGUAUUGUACCUAGAAUGUUGGAAGAAUUUCUUGAAAUUCAUUGACAUGACAAACAUUAUCAAUACCAUCAACUGUCAAAACAAAUGUUAUAUUGUCUCAAUACUGUAAUCAUCUAUUUCCAUAAUUUCCCUUUCCUAUCACUUUUCAUCAUCUACCAUUGACUCUCACUUGAUUGCAUUGCAUAUUUGGUAGCGAGCUUAUUAAAUUAAUGCUUUCUUUAUUUUAAAACAAAAACCUGAUCCUUUCUCGUCUCUUUUAAUUAAGAAAAAUCAGUGAAAUAUUCUCUGUAAAAUUUUUCUCUACAAUCUUUUUGACUCCUUUCCUAAAGUUAUAUAUAAAUAUAUUGUUACCAGAAAAAACUAAAUACUAAAAUAAGUUUUAAAUUUGCAUUAACAAAUUUUUUCUAAUUGAA